CUAGCUGGGCUUGAGCUGGCAUCGCUCUGCACUGCAUGACAGCUCCAGGCUCUGAAGACGACGUAGCAGCCGGCAGUGGGAAGCCAAGCCCAGCUGAGGAAGAUCUGAACAAGGCUACGCGCCGGGGAUCGGCGGGGGUGUGAGCCCAGAAGGCACCUUGCCCUGUCUGAUUCCCAGGGCGCUGACGCCUCUUCCUCCUCUUCCUCCUCCUCGUCCCCGUUUGCCUUUCGCUCCUGUUUAUAACCCCACCCCUGACCUUAUUCUCUGGCCGCCCAAGACUGAGCCGAAAGACCGAAGCCGAGAGAGAGAAAGAGAGUGGGAGGGAGAGAGAGAGAGAGAGAAUAGCACCGGGUCAAGGAGAAAUACCUGCGCAUCGCUUAGACUGCAAUUGAUGAGAGAUACACAUUUCUUUCUCUAGGGAAGCUGGAUACUCGCCCGCCCCCUUCUCUCUCCCUCUUUCGCUCUCUCUUUUAAAGAAAAGAACCUGAUCCAAAGCAGGAAGGUGGGGAUUUCUGCUCCAAAAGAGAAGGGAGGGCAGGGGCAACGAAAGGAAUCGGAGAGAAUUUCGCCGAGCGUUUCCCUCCUUUUGUUGAAUGAGAAGGACGGCGCCGGAUCACCAUGAGCACCAGCACAGUUCCUUUUCAACAAAACCCAUACAACUCCGGUGGUCGUCCCACCAUAAUUCAAUGCUAUCGCUGUGGAGAUACUUGUAAAGGCGAGGUUGUGCGUGUCCAGAACAAUCACUUCCACAUCAGAUGUUUCACAUGCCAGGUGUGUGGCUGUGAUCUAGCUCAGUCUGGCUUCUUCUUUAAAAAUGGGGAAUACAUCUGCACCCACGACUAUCAGCAGCUCUACGGCACCCGCUGUGACAGCUGUCAGGAUUUCAUCACCGGAGAGGUUAUCUCAGCCUUGGGCCGGACUUACCAUCCCAAGUGCUUUGUGUGCAGCAUGUGCAGGAAGCCCUUUCCUAUUGGAGAUAAAGUGACAUUUAGCGGCAAGGAUUGUGUUUGCCAAACUUGUUCCCAUUCACUGAUUAGUAAUAAACCUAUCAAGAUUCAUGGACCAAGCCAAUGUGCAGGUUGCAAAGAGGAAAUCAAGCAAGGCCAGUCCCUCCUGGCUUUAGAAAAACAGUGGCAUGUCAGCUGCUUCAAGUGCCAAACCUGUGGAAUCAUCCUGACCGGAGAAUACAUUAGCAA